GACGUCAUUAGCACUGGCCAGUAAACUGGUAUAUAUUACUGAAUACAGCCAGUACUACACUGGCUAAAAUCGCUCAAAAGUCUCAUUGGCUCGCCAGAUUCACUUUUUAAAAAUUAGUAUAAAACUCCCUUACAAAGCCGUUAGACGAUUUGUACAUUUAAACGUUCCCCUAUGUUGUACUUAUUACAGACAAAACACUUUUUUCGUAAGGUCCGCAAAGGAGAUUAAUAAACUAAUCAUAUUCCCCCAACUUGACUUAUUUUUAACUAAAGCACACAUAUUUAAAAACACUUUACAUAGUUCUUCAAACUGCUUAGCUAAACUAAUGGAUACUAAAAGCGUUGCUAACUACUGUAUUUUAAUUGUUCUUAGUCUUAUUACUUUCCUGUAUUGUUUCAGCUAUGGGCUUUUUAAUGUUAGUCAUAUGCGAAAACGUGUUAAUGGUGUUUAGUUUUAUAAUUAGUUAUAAUUGUUGCCAAAAAAAUAAAUAAAAAUAAAACUUUUGAGGUUUGGCUAUAUAAUCGUGCUAGAUUAUGGCAGCCAAUGAAGGGUGUUGAAAUAUUAUAAUCCGGUGAUAUAGAAUGAUCAUGUCGUGAACAGCCGUUAAUCAACCGGAUCACAUGACUGAGGUAAUUUCGUUGAAUCUGCUCAUGUAUUAUAGUUACAAUACUUUAUCAAACGGGCUCUGCGUUAAGGUCAAACGAAUUGAAUCCAUUCCACAACGAUAAAUAAAUCUCUUGUUGAAAGAUGAUUUAAGUAUUGAACAGUUUUUCUUUGGCCAUGACCUGUCAGCAUUAUUCGAGCACGCGCAGUAGCAAACCAGGUGUGUGUGAUGUAAGAAACUUAUCUCUUGAUUAGACUACGAAGAUAGAUAUAGUACUAAUAAAACAUCAAACAAGCGCCUUAAAAUUAGGUACCUAUCAUAAAACUUUAGCUUAGGUGUUAUGAGAUAUCUUAAUAAUUUUAUCACUUAGCUAUACGAUAAUAGAAUAUCAGUUUCUUAAAGAUAAAAUGGUUACGAAUAGUGGGUGUCACCUUAACGAAAAUAAAUUUUUAUUUGACUGACGUGCCAAUGAAAAGUCUUGUAUUAAAAAUAUUGAAGUUCGAAAAAAAUGUACUGUGGUUCUAUUUGUAGGAUGAAGGUAAUAAAAAAAACAUAGGUAGUUAUUAAAAACACUUAAAAUAUUAUCUAUUGACACAAACAUUUCAUUAGCAGUUUGGUGAAGUGUGUGUUAUAAACAAUCAAUCGGGCAAUCAUCGAGAUAACAAAUGUUUACUUUUACGUAAUCUAUUGGGAACUCGAGACCGGUACAAGCACGGUUGCUAGGUAUACUAGAACGCGUCGCGACGCGAGGCCAAACCGCCCGCCACCCACUGAUUGUGGCGGAGCCAAUAACUGCAAUCUGUCCGCAGUAUAGACCGAGAUGUUGUUAAUUUAGUCGUGUUUCGCCGCGACGCAGCGUAGUGCAUUACGAAGUGUCUGGCUCUAGUCUAGCGUCAAUUCCUCAUUUUUGUGACGAAAGGCAAAUUAAAGAAAUUUUCACUGAAACUUACUUAAACGUCAUGGCAGAAAAAGCAUUUAUAUUGGGAAUAGACAUCGGAACUACUUCCGUAAAAGUUUGUGUUUACGAUCCUCAAUCAAAAGAAGUUGUUGCUAAACAAACAAAGGAUACAGCAGCAAACAUACCGAGCGAUCAAGGGAUAGAGGGCAACAAACAGGAUGUUCCGAAAAUAGUUUCAGCACUUCAUUAUUGUGUGUCACGUCUUCCGAGGGAUGUUUUACGACAUAUUAAAAGUAUAGGGGUUUGUGGUCAAAUGCAUGGAGUUGUUCUUUGGAGAGAUGGAGCAUGGGAAAAAGUUGAAAAAGAUAAUGUGGUUAUUCGUUUAGAAGCAGUUAGAAAUAAUAUGUCUGCUCUGUAUACUUGGCAGGAUACAAGAUGCAAACCUGAGUUUCUGGAAUCACUUCCGAAACCGAACUCACGCCAAAAAUGUUAUUCGGGAUAUGGAUGCGCUACCUUGUUAUGGAUGUUAAAGCACAAACCGGAUAAACUUAAAAACUACACAUAUGCUGCUACUGUACAAGACUUCGUCGUGGCUAUGUUGUGUGGCUUGCAAAAACCAAUAAUGUCAGAUCAAAAUGCUGCCAGCUGGGGAUAUUAUAACACAGAAUUGAAUGAAUGGAAUGUUGACAUAUUAAAAUCUAUUGAUUUUCCUGUACCAUUAUUGCCUGAUGUUGUUAAAAGUGGAGAAUUUGUGGGUAAACUGGUUAAUCCAUGGAGUGGAAUACCUGAAGGGACACCUGUAGGUGCUGCUUUAGGAGACUUGCAAUGCUCAAUACUUGCUACAUUGGAAAGCGAUCAAGAUGCUGUUCUUAACAUCUCUACUUCAGCUCAAUUGGCUAUUGUGGUAAAGAAUAUGUCUGACUUGGGCUUUAGCACAAUUGAGCAUUUACCAUAUUUUAAUAACAAUUAUUUAGUUGUAGCAGCUUCAUUAAAUGGUGGUAAUGUUCUCGCUACAUUUGUGAAAAUGCUUCAGCAGUGGAUGUUAGAGUUUGGGUUUCCAAUCCCUCAAUCUAAAGUAUGGGAGAAAUUGAUAUCUCUUGGGUUAGCAGCACCAGCACCAACUUCAUCAAUGAAGAUAUCUCCCUAUUUGUUAGGAGAAAGACAUAUGCCGUCUGCUAAGGUAGCUGUAGAGAAUAUUGACCUAUCAAACAUCCAAUUAGGACAUGUAUUUAGGUCUCUUUGUGAUAGUUUAAUUGAGAACUUGCAUCAAAUGAUGCCAAAGGAAGUUUUGCUGAAUGCAAAAAUAAAAAGGAUUGUCGGCAAUGGUUCAGGUUUAUCCAGAAAUGCGGUAUUACAAAGAGCUGUAGAACAGUAUUACAGUCUACCCUUAGAGUUUACAUGUGGAGGAGAUGCAGCAAAAGGGGCCGCAAUAGCUGUUAUAUAGGAAUGUGAAAUAUUGCCUAUGCCAAAUUUUAUACAAAUUACAUGGUUAAUCAGGAUAUAAUGAUUAACUCACAUUUACAAGUAUAUAUUUUGAGAUUUUUUUACAUACUUGGUUGUUAAAUCACAUAGUUUGUAGACAAUAACAAAUAUCUGCUUGGGGCACACUGUAUUGACCAAUUUUUUAAUGUAGAAGAACAUGAUCAUUAUGCUGUAGUAAUGAUGUUAUAAUGCUUUACAUUUGUAAUAUUUAACCUGGUUGUUUAUAGGUGUAGGACUUCCAGCAGGACUAUUUAGGUUAAUAACAUCUAACUUGGACCACUAAAUAUUAAAUGUUUUACAAGAUUCCCUAAAGAGAUAAUCUCAAUAUUAAAUUUUAAAAGUAAGUUCUGAAACUCGCAGUUACAAUAGUUCCAAAAAGAGAUGUUGAUGCUUCCACUUUUUUUAUAGUAAUAGAAUGGGCCAACAUUCCACAUUGACAAGCACUAAAUGUAAUUGAUGUCCCUGAGUAUGGCCUUUGCUUUAGCUGUAUUUGCUAUGCUUUUGCCACAAAAUAAUGGUGCUGUCAAAAUUAAUUCUUUUAUUAGGCUCUGAGUUUUGAGACAAGUACUUAUUAUUAUAAGAAUACAUAAAUUUAAAUAUCUAAUAGAAAAGAUGCUCGAUGCAAAAUUAAAUGCCUACUGCAAUUAACAGAAUUAAGAGAAUUUCAAAUAAAUCAAUAAUAAUAAAAUCUUAAUAGUUGGCAUUCAUACUGUGCUAGAAUUUCAAUUUGAGAAUUUAGUUUAAUACCAUUAGACUCGAAAGUUGUUCCAUUAUGAUUAAGUAAUAUUAUCAAUUAUGAAAAAAUGUAACUUAUUAUGCACAGUAUUAUACUACUAAUAGAUUAUUGCCGAAUUUAUUGUUAUUAUUAGUAAAAUUAAAUGUUAUAUAAGUAAAUGUACAAUACUGUGUUAUUUAUUAUAAAAUGGUUAUUGAAACACGAAAUAGUUGGGUCUUAUUUAUUUAUUUAAAAAAAGUUGUUUUAUUUUAUAUACAUUUUUUUUAAAUAAACUGUACUACGGUUAGGUUAGUGUUAUGACCAUAACGGGCCAGCCGAGCGAGCGAAGCGAGCUUGCCGCGGCAGCGGCCGGCGAAGCGCCAGAAAAAAACAUUGUUUUAAGAGACCUUUUCUACAAAAAGUUCGAGUAUCACCUCUUGGGCCCUGAUAGUGCAGUUCUACCAAUCUUAUCUCUAUAAUCUGAUAUAAACAUAUAGAAUUCUCGUGUGUUUGUAACAACCGAUUCCUAUGAAAAUUUGUAUGCUUAGAUUUAAGAAUAGGACGAACACUGUCUAAUAACACAUCGUAUUAAAUAUAAAAGAACUUAUAACAGAUUUAGAAAUCAUUUCCUGACUGCAAUUUUUUUAAUUGACCGAACUACAAACUGAUUUCCAGUUUCAUUUGAUUUUGUUACCACUUACCAGUAAUGUUAAACUUUUAUUCUU